AUGCCUCUCCCACCAAGGCUUUUCAAUGGUGAUGUGGAAUUGGGGAAACGAGAUGAUGAUCAUAAGCCUGGCUCAAAAACGCCACUAGGAUUGGCUUGGAAACAUCGAAGGCCACAUGUUCAACGUCGAUCAAUCAAGAAGAUUAUAUUUGGUCUGCUGGUCGGAAUUGGGCUUUACUACUUUUAUAAGUAUAUGCCGACAGAUCUACAGAAUCCGCGACAAAGACCUCAUUAUACUCAGUUUGGAGGAGUUCCUGCGCAAGCUGGUUUGAAAGGGACCGGCGGUUCGAAAGCUCCAUCUCCACAACUCAAUCCAAAACAAGUCUCGAAAUCAACUGAUGAUGAAUCGACCGAGUUAUCUGGUCACACCUAUAAUGGCCCCAUCAGAUUCUAUCAAUUAGCUACAACAUUGCAUGCGAUGUCUAAGGUCAAAGGAUCCGACCUUCUCAAUAAUAAUGUGUUAUUUGCAGCUUCGAGUUUGAAAAGUGCCUCGAGUUUAUUACCUAUUGCUUGUGAGAUGGCAUUACGAGAAAGAAAUUAUGUACAUUUUGCGUUUAUGGGAAGGGAUGAUAUACCAAUGGAUAUCUUGAAGUCUGUUAAUGGGAUCAAUAAGGAUUGUCAGAUUUUCUUUCAUGAUGCACGACCCGAUUUUUCUCUACAUAGCUCAGAUUUUCGAAUGGAAGUCAGUUGUUCUGCCGGUCUCAACCAUAUCAAUACCUUUGUCCAUCCCCAAGCCGUGAUUAUCGACACAUCUGGGGAUGAAGAUGAUUUUUUGAUCUCGGCUUUUAGGACUAGAGCCAACGCAUUAGACAGAACACUAAUUGAACUGCCCGCAAAAAUUGAACAAAAUCUAAUGUGGAUUGUUCAAUUGGAUAGUGCCGCAUUGAGUGCUUGGACCAAAAUUAGUAUUGAUAUAAUUGUUCAUGCUCAACCACAACAAUCUGGAUCAUUAAUUAGGUUACUCACAUCUCUCAAGAAAGCCGAUUAUUUUUCCAGCAAUAUACCAAGAUUAACGAUAGAAUUGCCGCACGAUGUAGAUGAACCUACUAAAAGAUUUCUUGCCAAUUUCAAGUGGCCACCAAAGCGUGGUCAAGAUCAGAGUAGUCUCACACUUCAUCAUCGCAUUCCACAACAUGGACUUACCCCAGAAGAGAAUUCGAUUAAAUUCAUGGAAUCAUUCUGGCCUGCAAACCCUAUGUUUGCUCAUGUCCUUGUACUUUCUCCUCAGGCCGAGCUUUCGCCGCUUUAUUUCCAUUACCUCAAAUUCGCACUGUUAGAGUACAGAUACUCUUACAAUAGAGCAGUGGCUCAGAAGAAUAUGCUUGGGAUAAGUCUUGACCUACCAACUACUUAUCUCAAUGACUCGACGGAAUUCACUCCACCGAUACCCCCAAGUGUAAGCCCUAGUCCAUUUUUAUGGCAAGCUCCAAACAGUAAUGCUGCUCUCUAUUUUGGAGAUAAAUGGGUUGAACUUCAUGACUUCGUAGCUAGAGCUAUGUUCUCUCAACACACCUUGCUUCCACCAGCUACCUUGGGUAAGAACUACGUCAGCAAAACGUACCCAUCAUGGCUAGAGUAUAUUCUUAAAUUAGCAAGGGCACGUGGUUAUUGGACUCUUUAUCCUCACUUUGAAAGUUGGGAUGCUUUAUCUACAAUCCAUACAGACCUCUACAAAUCCCCAGAAGAAUACAUGGACGAACCAGAUGAAGUAACGGAUUUUACAGCAAAUCCAGCAGAGCAUCUAUCGUUGAAACACAAAGAAGAGCCAUUGAUAAUAGCAUCUUUACAAACUCUCCUGUCGGAUUUGCCAGUCGAACUUGCUGAAAUGCAAAUGAUUGGCUGGGAUGGUGAGAAUAUCAACAACGAAGAGCUACAAUUACAAGCGAAUGAAUAUGCUCGGGUUUUCCGACAUGAGAUUGGAGGGUGUGCCAUUGGCGUAGCAGAGAAAGAAAGAGUCCACAUGCUGGCAGGGGACCUGUUUUGUUCGGGGCAUGAGCCUAUAGAGUCCUUGGAGCCUCCCGCGCCCGUAUCAGCAAAGGCAACUCCCGUCUUGGAGUCUAUUAAGGCAUCUACGAAAAUGGAUGGUGUGGUUAAUACUGUAGAGAAGUUGUCUACCUAG